GUUUCUCGAAAAAGCACAAGCGCAGUUCUUGUUAACAAAAGUAACAGACGAUAAUUGCUUUAAUUUUGUAUCUAUUAUAAUAAUUUUAUUGUAUAAUUAUUAAAGUACUCAGGAAAUGAAUGUGUUUACUUUAAAGUACAUGAUUGACAUUGCGAAGAAUAUACUACUUGACGAUUGUCACAAAAAUUCUUAUUAAAAAAAUAAUGCUUGGGAAAUUUAUUAAAAAGAUUUUUUGUAAAUAUGGAGAUGUUAAUGAAGCAAAAUUAAAUCGGAAAAGUAGAAUUUCACUAGAAAAACAAAAGCCAUGCUCCUGACUGUUUUCUAUAUGGUUGCAACAUGGAUUCAAUCGUGGAGACUCUCGUCUCUGAAAACACGUUUAAGUAUUGCCCUCAAGGAGGAAUCGACGAGACCUUCGGUUGUAUUCUAUACUGCAGCUUCUGUUCGAUCAAAAGAAGAAUUAAAUGGAAGCAAAAAUAAAUCUCACCCAGGAAAUGGAGCUAAUGAAGAUCACUUGAGUUCAGUUUUUUGCAGCAAUAAAGAUGCUGCAAAACUUGGAGAUCUUCUUUGGUAUCAAGGUGAUAGAAGAUUGUGUACAAUUUAUCCACAGCAAACGAUAAAUGUAAAUAACUGGUUAAUUUUUCCACCGGGGAAAACAAUGUUUCCACUUCUCGCUAAUAAUUUCGGUCAAACUUCCCUCCUUCAAGACAAUAAAAUUCAUGUUCUCGUCGAAGCUGACAUGGAAAUUUACAAUCCACUUGGUUCCUCAAAAUCUACAAAGCUUGAAGACUAUGGUUCAAUCGUCACAUGGACUUCGGAUAAAACAUUCGGCGUUAUUUUAGAAACUGAUUUAGAUCACAUUACAAAAUUUUCCAUUGCUUUAAUGCACGGACAAUGUUUCAUUAAUAAUGGACUUUUAGUUUCGCGGGUUGAAUCUGUUUCAGUUUCCGGAAGUCCGUGUUUUUCAAACUGUGAACACUACAAUUUUCUCGAUUACAAAAAAAUGAUAGGCAAAGCACAGUGGGACGCAUACAUAAAGAAAUUGAGAGCAUUCAGUGAAACUGCAAAAUUAGUUUCACAACAAGGCUUAGCUUACGAGGUGAAAGAAGCUCCGGGUGCAAUUAUUACCCCUGGAACUCAACCAAUUAGCUUACAAUUGCCCCUACAAAUAACCAUUUACGAAGAUGUUAGAACGGACAAUGCGAGUGAAUUUUCUGGUCCAGCGACACCACCACCGACUCCAGCGUCAAUGAGCGGAUUAAAUGGAACGACUUCCAGAUUGUCGCAAGCUUUAACAAAUUCCGUCGAAUUAACUCCAUCGGCUUCGCUAGAUUUUUCGGCAAUAUCAUAUUCGAACACUAGUUUAGCCAGAUCUCAAGACUUUGAUCUCAAGGAGAGUCCUGUGAGAAAAUUCAAAGGACCCUGCGAUGUUGAGGAUCAAAAAUCCUAUAAAUCUCUCAAUGUCAGCAGCGAAACACUUGACAAUGCUUCGAGAUUGGGCUCAUCGAGAAAUAUUCCUGCUAGCAUUGCUAGCACUCCAGCAAGAAAGACUGAAAAUGGAGGACAAGCGAAACCUCCUAGUGUUUUAAUAUACGGCGAUAGUUCUUUGGCGGUCGAUAGCAUCAAAAGUGUGCUGGAAACAACUUUAAAAGAAGACAAAUAUUCGGUCUACAGUUUGUCACUGGACGAAAUUCGUAGCGACAUUUGGAUGGAUCAAGCAUUUCUCAUAGUGAUUUAUGGAAAUAUUGGAAAUGAAAUUUCCACUCAACUUGUUGAGUACAUGGUGCGAGGGGGGAAAAUUUUAGCCCUCUGCUCCGAUUUAUUACACAUUUUACUGCCCACUUUUAAAACUGCCGAAGUUCGUGAAAACGAAUUGGUCCGUUUCUCUUAUGGAAAAUGGAAGAACGUCCGCAUGAUGCAUCACGUUUUUUGCUAUCAACCGUCUCCUGUGAAGACCAAAUUUUCCGAAGAGUUCAAAUCGAUGACAUCGCAAACACCAUUUGUAGUGAAAGUUCCCGAUAAAUGUGGACAUUUACAAUCAUUGACGGUAAAAGUUUUGGGCGCCGAGGAAACUUGGCAUACGCCAAGUAUUUUGUUGGCCGAUCUUUUGGAAAGUCAGGGCAAAGCGAUAUUUUCGCAAAUUCAUUUAGAAGUUGAUCCAUUGCAAUAUGAAUUCGAAGAGAGUAAAUUUAAAGCCCUUAAGGAAAGUAAUACAGCAAGAUUGGAAAUAAUUCGAGAUCUUCUCAGUUCGUAUCUCGAUAUGAAAGUCACGUCACAAAUUCGUCCACCAGCUGCUUAUACACCGGGGUUUUUUCUCGGCAGACAUGAGCUAAAGCUAGAAAUGCUGAAGAUGUUGAAAGAUAAAAUGCAACCGAACGAUAUUCUGAAAAUGGAGAAAAUUGAAGUUCAAUUUUGCGGUACGAAUACAAAAUCAAGAUCAGCAUCUUCCACUUUUCUACCAGUCAUGAUACAUCGAUGUCCUGAAAAUUUUUCUACUGUUGAAUAUUUUGAGAAUUUAAAUUCAGAAGAAGUGGGUCGUUUAGUAAUUUACUCGGAUAUUAUGUCGUCUUCUAUGGACGUGGUGUCAAAUUGUCGAUUACAUCAUGGCUUAGUUGUAAUUCCUUGUCGACAAACUAGGGGCCAAGGACGCGGUAAAAAUACUUGGCUCAGUCCAAAAGGCUGUGCAAUGUUUACUCUGCAACUUCACAUUCCAUUGGAUUCACCUCUGGGAAGACGGAUUUCCCUUUUACAACAUUUAAUUGCCGUCGCUGUGGUUUCCACCGUUAAAUCAAUACCAGGUUACGAGAAUAUAGAUCUCAGAGUUAAGUGGCCUAAUGAUGUGUAUGCAAGCAAUGAAUCGAAAAUAGGAGGACUUAUCAUAACAACUCUAGUUGAACAAACGUUGGCGAUUUGUAACAUAGGAACCGGGAUAAAUUUGUCCAACAAUUCUCCCACAGUUUGUAUCAAUGAAUUGAUAACUCGCUAUAAUGCAAAGAAUGGAACUACAUUGAAAAAAUUGUCUUACGAACAAUUUUUAGCUCUUGUAUUCACUGAGAUUGAACGAAUUCUCAAUAUUGUACAAAAAGGCAAUAUUGAUUAUUUGUAUGAAAUUUACUAUAAAUAUUGGUUGCACGCCGAUGCUGAAAUAACAAUUGUGUCACAAAACGGAACAUCUCAAGAAGUAAAAGUAAUUGGAAUCGACACUUAUGGAUUUUUAGAAGUACAAGGGAAGAAUGGCAAAACUUUCAGUGUUCAUCCAGAUGGGAAUAGUUUUGAUAUUAUGAAAGGAUUAAUAACUCCAAAGACUUAAAGUCAAGUAGUUUAAAAAUCAAAGGUUUCACACAACUUAAAUAUAUUUAUUAAUUUAAACAAUAUCUUUUUUUUCCAAAAAAACACGAGAGUGAAAUUAGAAUAAAAUUUUUAUUUAUUUUUUAUUAAUUUAUAUUUUUAAUAAAUUUUAAUAUUUGAGAAAUAUAGAAAAAAAAUUAAGAGAAACUUUCUGAUCUCUAUAAAACUUCUUUUCCCAGAAGAAGAAUCUCGUGUGAAAAAUUCUCUUAAAGUACUAAAUAGAAAAAAAACUCUUUUUCAAUGACAAAAAAACUGCAUUUUUUAAGAAAUUCUUUUUUAAAUAUAUACGUGUAUAAAUUAAUAUUUACACCGAUUUAAAAGAAAAAAAAAUAUUCCAGUCAAUUUGUAAAGAAAAGAAAGAAUUCUAGGUGUAUAUUUUUUAAGACAUCAUUCCACUAAAAUAUAUAAAUAGAUUUUACCGUAUGAAAAAAAUCUAUAAAAAAUCAUGCGCGAUUGUUUUUUUUUUAAUGUAGUGGAAACAUAGAAUUUUAUGGUGCACUAUUAUUCAUUAAUAGAUGGAAAGUUUAGUUGUUAUUAUCUGAAAGGAAAUUCUAAGCCAUAUUUUGCUUGGAAAAAAAAAUCAGUUUUAUCUACUGCCUAUUCAUAACGUAAAAAAAAAUCUAUCUAUAAAUGUGAAAGAACAAAAGCUUUAUUGUACUGUUUAUCCAAUUAAGAAACUUUAUCAGAUAUUAUAUGAUUGUAUAUUGUUGAUUGUUAAAAAAUAAUGCUCUUUUUUCAGUUGUAUCUGUACUUGUUAUAAAAUAAAUUCAAUCAGAAAUAUA